GUGUCUACCUGUGUGUCUCUCUCCGUGUGCGUCCGCCUGUGUGUCUCUCUCUCUCCGUGUGCGUCCGCCUGUGUGUGUGUCUCUCUCUGUGUGUCCGCCUGUGUGUGUGUGUCUCUCUCUGUGUGUCCGCCUGUGGGUGUGUGUCUCUCUCUGUGUCUCUCUCUCUCCGUGUGCGUCCGCCUGUGUCUCUCUCUCUCUCUCCGCGUGCGUCCGCCUGUGUUUGCGCGCCCUCGCGACGCGUCAGGCCAUCAGGCGGACGCUGGACCGCCAGGCGGUGGAGGUGUGGGGCCUCCUGGCGGGUGACGUGGCCGACGCCAACCGGGAGAUGAGCCGGCGGCCGGCUCCGUCGCCGUCGAGGCCGGAGCUGCCGCGUCACGCGGGGCAAGCUCACCGCUUGAGGGCCGUGGGGAGACGUGUCGAACGUUCUAUGCAGGCCUUGCGCGACGCCAGCUUCCUUCCACCCUCCGGCGUUGGCGACGAGGUGUCCGGGGCUCAGCGGCAGCUGGCGCAGGCUCUGGACGAAGCGGUUCGGCGCCACUACGGCGAGUGGGCGGGCGGCGUGGACAAGCAGGCGCUGGCGCGGCUAGACGUGCCCGUGCUGGUGCGCAGCCGCGAGCACCCGGGCACCAUCGACGUCAACUUCGACAGGUCGCUGCUCAAGACGUUUGCCGAGGUGUUCUACUGGGACCGGAUGUCGUUCGAGGUGCCGCACUACGCCGCUGACGUGUACAGUCGCUACGACGAGCUACUCCGCUACGACUACUGCCGGUGGUGUGAAAAAUGUGUCGUCUGCCCCAAAGGCGUUCACACGCAACGUACCGGCGUGGAAGAGGUCGUCUGCCAAAAGCUGUGA